CUCCUCGAGGCGUGCGCGACGAUCGAGAAGGCCAUGGCGCAGAUCCAGGAGCUCUACGGCAAGAUGUCCGAGGGCCCGCUCGUCCUGAACCAGAUCACGCGCUGGAUCAACACCAAGGAGGAGCACUGCGCGAAGAUCAUCGACCUCAUCUCGAACUACUGCCUCUGCCAGCGCUGCAAGCCCUUCGGCACGCCCGGCUCGCCCUUCAAGACCAAGGAGGACUACACGGACGCGCUGCUCGCCCACCACGCCGUCAUGAGCGCCGCCAUGAAGGCCAAGCAGAACGUCGACCCGUCCUUCUCCGCGGGCCUCAAGCACGCCGUCGGCGACGCGACGCUCAUGUACAAGCCCGUCGCGCCGCCCGCGGCCCCAUGA